AUGGCAAGGCCAGCCAGGAAGCCGCGCAGUCCAUCUGGUCCAUCUGGGCCUAUUAAAGCGGGUGGUCGUGUAACCAGAGCCCGAAAGGCCGCUCCUAAUUCACCCAUCAGAAUACAAGCAGCAGAAAUAGCUGUCGACCUUGAAUCUGCGCCACCAGUUGAUGGCGAGCCACCAGCGUGGGCUGAGACUAGACCUGAGCUAUGUGAUGCACUUCCUUGGUUUCGGUCAGUUCAAGGCGGGGUAUAUCAUAGUGGUGGUUUUUGCUGGGGCUUUCUCGUGGAUGCUGAUUGCGGCAUACGUUCUUAUAUCGGUGAGGAAGUCAUCAUUACUCGAGUUGGCGGUGGAUGUACCAAAGAUGCAGACGGAAACUUGGUUCUCCUCAAAGACCAAGACGAAAGUUGUUUCAUAACCAGCAUUAUAAAUAGCAAGGAACAUAAUGUCCCGGUCGGUAUAAUUAUAGGGAACCGUAACGUUCUUCUAGGCAAAAAGCUUCCCCAUCGAUACAACGUGAUGGCCUACUUUCGCGUGACGGAUAUCUGGUUUGAGAGAGUUGGUGGAAAAGCUGGAGGAAAGGUACGCUUCGAAAAGAUUGACCUCGAGAACAAAAGCUGGUGGGCAGAAAAAGAUUCCCCACCACCAUCGCCCAUUGAGCAACGGGUGAACAUCAAGCCUGAGAGGGUGCAGUGCUUGGAGUGCUCCAAAUUCAGCACACGCAUAUAUAACGAAGGUUGGAUGUGCCUUCAACCAUCUUGUAAAUCCUUCUGGACCAUUGAUGGCUCAGUUCCCCCGGUGUGUCUUACCUUUCAUCCGGACCUCCUUAAUUAUCGGGCAGGCCCGGACCUAAGUUUACAACCACACUACAGUUUGGUCCCCGACCUGCUGGCUACGAUAAACGAGCAUGAAGGUGAUACCAGCGCCUCACGGAUAGCUUGGAGAGGAAUUGUAUGUCCCCAAUGCUCCAAGUGCAUAUCACGCAGAUUCUGGAGAGGCUGGAAAUGCACAGAUGAUGUUACUACUGGACCAGACUGCAAUGCUUGCUCAUUUGAGAAGACGAUGAAUAUUCAACCUGUCUCUUUACGCUCAGUUAUAGAUGAUUUCGAGCUGGGCCCAAUCAAACGAGCCCUUUUCUUCGAUCGCAAGUUCAUGACUCCAGAAGUCGACGAUUCUUCAUUACGCCCAUAUCGAAAGCUCACUUAUCGUAUACCGGGUGUAGGGUCUGUCACCCAUUUUGUCUCGAAUAAGGCCAUUAACAAUCGCACAAACGGACCCAACGACCUAUUCCACCAGCUUCAGGCUUCUGACCUAGGGCUGCGACGAUAUCCUUUACAGCAAAGUGUCGUGCCUGGGACGCUUACUGCACACUUUGCUGUUAACUUUGGAAUGCCGUAUAAAUACGUGGUUUCCGUGGACUCUAAAGGUUUUAGUGAGGCACCUGAUGAGAUCUUACGAGCAUUGGGCCGUUUGAGUUGGGCAACCGAGAAAGCGGUUGUAGACACGGCCGAUUCAUACUUUCUACCAAACGAGCUGCUCAUGUUGGGCUACUUUGAGGACAUGAAAAUCGGUUAUCAUGAUGAUGGGGAAUCGUCACUCGGCCCUACAAUCUCUACGCUUUCAUUGGGCGCAACGGCCACUAUGUACAUUCGGAUGAAGUACAAACACUACCAUGGUUUUAGUAAAGCCAGAAAGCUUCUCGAGGAUGACCCCGUUUUGCAAGGUUGCCAGUUUGAGAGUGAACGACGGACACUCAAGGAGCAAUUCGAAACCGGGGAAAUUACGAAGGACGGCUACGAUACCUUGCGUCGAGCGGCCCUACUCAAGCAUAGCAGAAAUGGAGAAGCGUCUCCAACUAUCAAGCUGACGUUGAAUCAUGGCGACUUGGUCGUGAUGCAUGGUGAAAACCUUCAAAAGUACUACGAGCAUUCGGUUGUUCCCGACAAGAAACUGCGAUUUGCCUUGACAGCACGAUAUAUCAAGCCCGAUCACGUCGACGAGCAAGAGUUGAAGAAGGGAGAAUUCACGUUGUUGCCGGACCAAAUCUAUGACGGGAAAUAA